AUGAACAAAGAAUUGCCCACAUUAGCGAAGGUUCUCCGAGCCGUGAAUAACGACGAAAACCUACCAAAUUUUAAGCGGACGAACUUUUGGAAAUUGUUGAAGGACCUAAAUUUUGUUUUUAUUGGUCGACGUCGUAAUAGCGUCCUUACAGAAAGGGAUGAUCUAAUUUUGUGGCGGCGAAACUAUCUGAGAGCCGUGAAAAAAUUCCGAGAAGAGGGUCGGCCGAUAUAUUAUCUGGAUGAAACUUGGGUAAAUGCAGGUGACGUUUCUGCCAAGGUUUGGAUUGAUUCUAAAAUCAAUUCCAAGAAGGAUGCGUUUCUUCGAGGACUGUCCACAGGCCCGUCUAAUCCUACGGGGAAGGGCAAACGAUUGAUUGUCCUGCAUAUUGGUAGUACAGCCGGCUUCGUACCUAAAGGACUUUUAUGUUUUGAAUCUAAGAACAACACUGCGGAUUACCACGAUGAAAUGAACGGCGACACAUUUCUUGAGUGGUUUGAGAAAAUUUUACCGUCGCUUGAAGAUAACGCCGUUAUCGUUAUGGACAAGGCUCCAUAUUAUUCUAUGAAGUUGGAAAAAAUACCGAACACUUCAUGGAAAAAAGCGGCAAUAAUAGAAUGGUUAGAGAACAAAAGCAAGACCGCUGAUACAACAAUGUUAAAGGUUGAGCUCCUGCUAAUUGUUGAUCUUAUAAAGGACAAUUAUAAUAAAUAUGUGAUCGAUGAGACAACAAAACUGUGCUCAGACUGCCUCCUUAUCAUUGUAAGCUUAACCCAUCGAAAUGGUAUGGUCGAUGGUGAAAGGAUAUGUAAAGAGCCACAACAAUAUGUUGAAGAUCAACGACGUGAAAACACUACUCGAACAAGGAGUUGA